AUGGACAGUCUGGGUGAGUCUGUACAGACGCUCCCUCCCUCACACUCUCUGUCCAGUCUGGUGUUGGUUCUACUAGCCCUGCUGGGCUCGGUCCACGGCUGUCCUGCCAUCUGCACCUGCUACGGUAACACCACUGACUGCUCCGCUGUCGGCCUCCUCUCUCUCACGCCCAUCCUAACGCUGUUGGACAAGGACUCUCUGGUCCUCCGCCUCCCCCAGAACAACCUCUCCUCUCUGGGCAAGACGGAGGUGUCCAACUUCAGCAGCCUGGAGCUCCUGGAUCUUUCGCAGAACCACUUUUCCACCCUGCGGCCUGGAGCUUUCUCAGGCUUCAGCGGCUUACGCUGGCUCAACCUCUCCGCUAACUACCUCGGGGUACGCCUGGCGACAUCUGACCCCAACAGCAGCACAGAGGACAUCCAGGGCCUGAAUGGAAGUCAGGGGAGUGUUGGCUUGAGCAAGGAGGUUUUCAAGGGGCUGUGGGGGCUGCAAGGGCUCGACCUGUCUUCCAAUGACCUCCGCUGGCUGCCUAAAGGCCUGCUGGACGGGCUUCAGAGACUCACCUGGCUGUCCCUGGCUAGCAACCGGCUCGUGGCCCUGGACAGAGUCACCUUCGAGCCCCUUGUGGGGCUGCAGCAGCUCCAGCUGGCGGGAAACCCCUGGGAGUGCGACUGCAAGCUGAGGGACUUCAAGCACUGGAUGGAGUGGUUGAUUUACAGGGAUGGGCAGAUAGAUGCGAUGCAGUGCAGCCUCCCAGGGGAGUUGAAGGGCAGGGACAUCCGCAGCGUGCCAGCGGAGAUGUUCAGCUACUGCCUGCAGAGUCCUGCCAAGGACGACGCGUCCGGUUACGCCACCCGGCCUCCCUGCCCGCCUGGCCGGGUGAGCAGCAAUGAGGAAUGUGUGCGCCAGCGGUACCGGCCUGUGAGUGUCCGCCGGGCGCACGGCACGCAAAUCGUUGCGGGCGUGGUUUGCGGUACGGUGUGUGUCAUGAUGGUGGUUGCGGCAACUUACGGCUGCGUCUAUGCCUCGCUGAUGGCGCGGUACCAAAGGGAGAUGAAGAGCCGCGGCCAGCCUCUGAUGGCCGAGUGUGGAGCCGAGACUGACCUGGAGGAUGGACAAAUGUCAUCCCCAACCUCGCCGGAGGAGACGCCGCCCAAAGAGGCCUGUGGCAUCGUGCACGGGUAUCGGAUCAGCAGCUUCUGA